GCAGGCUCCGCCCCUCCGCGCGAGGCAGCGGCGGUGACGUCACUCCCAUGCGCCGCCGUUGGGCGGUGACGUCAUUUCCGGGCGCCGCGGGGCCGCGAUGGCGGAGGCCGGGAUGGGGGCGGCCGCGGUGGCGGAGGCCGAGGAGGCCGCGGCGCUGCCCCAGAAGCGCUUUUUCCGGCAACGGGCCCACGCGAACCCGCUGGCGGAUCGCUCCCCUGCCCUAGUGAGUGCGGGCCCGGCCCGGGACCCUCCCCCAGCCCCUCAAACCGCCCCCGGGACCCCUCAGACCCCCCCCCACAACCCCCCGAGACCCCCCCAGGAGACCCCGGGGACCUCCCAGCACUGUGCGACCCCCCCCCACAACCCCCCGAGACCCCUCCGGGACCGCCCCAGCACCCCGAGACGCCCCCACAAACCCCUCGGGAUCCCCCCAGCACCCUGGGACCCCCCCUCGGGACUCCUCAAAACCCCCCCGGGACCCUCCACAACCCCCAUUGCCACCGCGAGCUCCCCCCUCCCAUCUUCCCCCCUACCGCAAACCCCCCCAAAAUACCCCCCGGGACCUCUCCUGACCCCCCACAGACCCCCCCCCCUAAAAACACUCCCCGCACGGCCACCAAAAGCCCCGCCCCCCCCAAGCGCCUCCCGCGGCUCCGGGAACCCCCUCCCAGCCCCAUCCCCGCCCCCUCCCGCGGUGACACGACCCCUCCCCGUGCCCCCCCCAGCCCCCCCCGGCCGCGGGACAUGGAUUGGGCUCCUCUCUUCCCGGAUUUCUUCCCCCCCAACGCCCCCCCCCGGACAGCCCCCCCCCCGCGUGGAAUUCGCUGACCUGGGCUGCGGCUACGGGGGGCUGCUGGUGGCCCUGUCCCCCCUGUUCCCCCACACGCUGCUGCUGGGGCUGGAGCUCCGGGCCAAGGUGUCGGCGUUCGCGGGGCAGCGGCUGCGGGCGCUGCGGGGCCGGGGCUGCGGGGCCAACGCGGCCUGUCUGCGAGCCAACGCCAUGAGGCACCUGCCACACUUCUUCUGCAAGGCACAGCUCAGCAAGAUCUUCCUGCUGUUCCCUGACCCCCAUUUCAAACGCACCAAGCACAAGUGGCGCAUGGUCAGCCCGGCCCUGCUGGCUCAGUACGGCUACAUCCUGCGGCCUGGGGGGCUGGUGUACACAGUGACAGACGUGCCUGAGCUCCACUCCUGGAUGGUGACGCAUUUCGGGGGGCACCCGCUGUUCGAGGAGGUGCCUCUGACCCAGCUGGAGGACGAUCCCAUCGUGGGGCUCAUGGCCACGGCCACGGAGGAAGGACACAAAGUGCAGCGCAGCGGCCGCCGCGCCUUUCCCGCCGUGUUCCGCCGCCGCCUCGACCCCAACGACACCCCAAACGGGGGGGUCACGCCCCCCACAGCCCCCCCCUCACCCCACAGCCCCCCCCCAGCCCACGGGAGACACCCCCACGCUGUGACCCCCCCCCAAAUAAACCCUCUGUGUCUCUGA